AUGACAGAGCGGAUACUCGACCCAUACGCCCGGCCGUAUAUUCCCUUGGAUCUUGUGCGGGCCAACCACGCACCAGCCAUCGUUUUGCCCUCCGCGCCUGCUGCGAGCAUCAACUACGAGGCCUACAUCAACCUCUUCGUAGCGGACAAUUUCCGCGCGGAUACUAGAGUCUCGGCAUACUACCAUGCUGCCAAGGACAGCGCUCCUACCAAUACCAGCGAGCAACCUGAGACGAUCUCCGCUGCAAGUCUCCCGGCCUAUUUUGCUUCCGCGUUGACUCGUGAAGCUGCUGCCUUGCAGAAGCACUGCGACGAACACGCGCUAUACAACGUGGUAUUGGUACGGUCGCCGAGCGAAGCAACUCCCUUUGUGUAUCAGCUGUCGGUUCCGGGCUUGAGAGAACCGAGUCUGUCGAUCGAGGUAUGCCUUCAAGUCCGCUAUGACACUCUUACCAGAGACUGAACAUCCCAGAUUGGAGAUGUGGUAUGCGUUCGGCAGUUGGUUUUUGCACCUACUGGCAAGAUAGCGUUCACCUCACCAUCUUCGCCAUACCCGAUUUAUGGACAGCACAACGCAGUCGUAUGGGGCGUCAACCGUCAAAACGAAACGCUUUCGCUCAGGUGUGUAACCAUCCUAUCAUUCCACUGCUGUAUCGGACCGGUCCAUAGAGCCACCAGAGACAGCUUUUCUGACCUGACGCUGUCCGCUGUGUCGUGGCUCUGUAGACUGCGAGGAUCAUGAGAAUACAACCAUCUUCUGAAGCGCAACGUGUUCUCUCCUGCUCACUAUGGAAUCUAUAGGAUUGAUUGGCUUGAGCCUGGAAGUGGUCGUUUCAACAUCUGCUUCACCGUACAGAAGCUGCGUCUCGAUGCGAUGAGAGGUGCAAUCGCUGAUGCAGCCGGUGAGCUUCAUUCACUGAAUGCGUGGUUUCACUCGAUGACGUUCCCCGAUCCUGCCCAUGGCAUUCUACAGUACGAUCUCAAGAGAGGCGACAGCCCGCUGGAUCUGCACGAUGAAGAACUGAACUAUGAACAGCUCAAAGCAGUGCAAGCUGUACUUCGACAAGACUAUGGUCCAGUUCCGUAUCUGGUGACGGGGCCUCCGGGUACUGGAAAGACGAAAACAGUUGUUGAGACGGCCUUGCAAAUAUUGUCUAAUGACGACAAGCCAGCUUUACUUCUCUGCGCCCCCUCGGAUCCUGCUUGUGACACUUUGGUCCAGCGACUAAGCAAGCAUCUGAAUCCUCAGAGACUUCUACGCCUCAAUGCACCGUCGCGAUCAUUUCCAGAAGUACCAAAUACGGUCCUGCCAUUCUGUCAUGUCGAAGGCGCAGCGUUCUCACUGCCGCCUUUUACGGCCUUCAUGAAAAAGCAGGUCGUCGUGGUGACAUGCAGGGAUGCCGUGAUGCUGUUGAAAGCAUGCCUGAGCAACAGAGACCUCUGUACGCUCGAAUUAGGCUUGUGGACGGCGUUUCAUCCGCAUGCUACAUCUCGAAUCCCUCCUCUACACUGGACAGGAUUGAUCAUGGAUGAAGCAGCGCAGGCAACCGAGCCAGAAUCAAUGCUUCCGUUGCUCGUGGUGGCACCUCCGCAAACCACAGUGUCCGAUUUAAAGCGGCCUCCUUUUGUCUUGAUGGUCGGCGACCAACACCAGUUAGGUCCGCGCACUGCAUCGAAAGAGCCGGAGAUGCAGCAGUCUAUGUUCGAGCGCCUUUUGCGUCUUUCUCUCUAUCAAGACCACCCACUUGCGCGCUCUCGACACUCUGGAGGGACAAUUCGACCUCUCACCAAGGACAUGCUACCGGUAAUCCGGCCUCCAUUCGCGGACCUCAUUCGCAACUAUCGCUCCCAUCCAGCCAUCAUCGCUACGCCAUCGUCUUUGUUCUACCACGAUACUUUAGAACCGACGGCCACUUCAACAGAUUCAUUGCUUCAAUGGCAUGCCUUUGGAAAGCGCAAAUUUCCACUUCUGUUUGCGAACAAUAGUUCGAGAGACGAGAUUGAGCAGGAUGGCGGAGGGUGGUUCAACAUAGGCGAGGCAGACAUUGCACUUCGCUACGCAAUGUCUUUUGCGAGGGAGCGAUGUCUGGCGCCACACGAGAUUUGUAUCAUGAGUCCGUUCCGGGCACAAGUGAAUGUGCUACGCUUAAAGGCUCGAUCUCCAGAAUACAAACUCUCUGGUGUCAACAUCGGACCACUGGAAGCAUUCCAAGGCUUGGAAUCCCGCCUUUUCAUUCUCUGUACAACGAGAGCUAGGGAUCGGUUCGUCGAUCAGGAUAUUGCCCGAGGUCUGGGCAUUAUCUUUGAGCCUCGAAGAUUCAACAUGGCACUCACGCGGGCAAAGGAAGGCUUGAUAGUCAUCGGGAACCCUGAAGUUCUGAUGCAGGACGAGAAUUGGGCUUCUUUCAUGGCUUUCUGUCACCGCAAUGGUGCCUGGGAAGGACCAACGCAUGAUCUCCAUUGGCCACAUAGCAGCAAGAUCAAGAUGUCGAGGUUGGAGAAACAGUUGGCUUAUCGCGAGAAGCUGGAAGAAGAUGAGGCCCGGCUGGAUAAGGUGGCAAGAAAGCUUGGACAUCUCAAGUUGGGAAUGAGUGAGGAAGAGGCUUUCUAUGAAUCGGGGAUACAUGCUCAGCUGGCAGUCGGGCUGCCCGAGGAAGUCGAGCGACUGGAGACACAGGACGGCAGCUCCGACAACGAAGAGGUACAUUCAUCUACAUAG